UCUCCUCCUCCCCCAAGCUCCAACCUCUUUAUAAACCGCCACACCCCAGUACCACUGCCCCACCCCACCCCAUCCUCUCCUCUGAUUCAUACCACAAAGCAAGAACCUGAAAGCAACCACACCGCACCAUCUUUGCCAUCUCCAAGAAAGAGCCCAUCCCCUUCUGCUUCAAGAAGCCUUUUUGAGAUAUUGAGUUUUCGCCAUCCAUCACCAUGAUCCAAGAACUGCUCGGAGGGGCAGCCAUGGACCAGCAGCUGAAGAGCAUGAACGAUGGGAACCCGGCAUCUCUUCCCCUGUUGCUGCACCCUAUCGUCUCCAACCCGUCGCCCACGUCGUCCUCGUCGACGUCGUCACGCUCGUCAGCGCAGCAGCAGCGGUCGACUUCGGCGACGUCUUCGCCGCAGGGGCAAGGGCAGGGGCAGCAGCAGGGGCAAGGGGCGGAGCAGGCGCCGCUGCGGUGCCCCCGGUGCAACUCGUCCAACACCAAGUUUUGCUACUACAACAACUACAACCUCACCCAGCCGCGCCACUUCUGCAAGACGUGCCGCCGGUACUGGACCAAGGGCGGCGCGCUCCGCAACGUCCCCAUCGGCGGCGGCUGCCGCAAGCCGCGCCCCAUGCCGACGCCAGCGAAGCCGGCGGUCUCCUGCAAGUCCAUGGGUGGAGCGCCGUCGCUGGGCCUCGGCGUCGGCUUGGGCAUGGGCGCCGGCCCCGCGCCCUGGGCGUCGUCGCAGCAGGCGGCCGCCGCGCAGCUCAUGGCGCUGCUCAACAGCGCCAGGGGCGUGCAGGGCGGCCACGGCGGCAGCAACAUGCACAGGCUCCUCGGUCUCGACACCAUGCCCCACCUGCCCCUCCAUGUCUUGCCUGGCGGUGGCAAUGCCGGUGGCGCGCCGGCGUCGCUGUGGCCGCCGGCCGCGCCGCGUCCCAUCCCAACACCGCCGCUCAUGGACUCCCAGAUCGGCAUGGGGGCGCUGGGGCAGCACGACGUGCUGUCAAGCCUCGGGCUAAAGCUGCCCCCGCCGUCGUCGUCGCCCGCGGCGAGCUACUACAGCGACCAGCUCCACGCGGUGGUGAGCAGCGCCGCUGGACGCCCACACGAGUACGACGGGCCCGGCGCCACGUCCCUCCCCUGCACCACCGCGGCGACCUCCCUCCCACCGGCCGCGUCGGGCGUCUCGGCUGCGCUGAGCAGCGCCACGGUCGGGCUAGACCUCCCGCCGGUCUCCCUACCCGCGCCCGAGAUGCAGUACUGGGCCGGCCCGGCGGCGAUGUCCGUGGCGUGGCCGGACUUGCCCACCCCCAACGGCGCGUUCCCAUGAGAGCCGGACCCGACGUACGCGGCUGUUACUACAUGACACACUAGCUAGUACGUGAUCAGUAGCUGGAUCAUCAGUUCAGCCUUCGGUGUAGCUUUAUCGUGCGCGGUUUGACUGUGUUUUGAGUGAGAAGCAAAUCCACUCGGGGGGAGGUUAAUCGAGGGUGUUUAGUUACUGUUGUUUUUGUUGAUCAGUGGGAGAACGGGAGUAACUUUUAA